UUAAAAACGAUACAAAACAUUAAUGGCUGAGUCUGUCCUUCCUGUUAGCGCUUAAAACGUUUUCACUCUGAGUCGGUAUAUUGAGAUUUAAAGAACUGUUUUUUGACGGUUUAUCUUGUAUGCACGCACUUGUGAAUAGCUUUCACUUUAAACGACUACAUAAAGCUCUUAAUAAAAAUGGUUAAACCACUAUUAAAGGAAAAUAAAGAUUUAACUUCUAAAAACUUUUUAAACACACCGAAAUAUGGAUUUAUACAAAAGAAGAAAAAUCAAAAAUUCAAACAAACACCAACUGGAAAAGUUUCAUUGAUUAAUAGAUCGAAAAUGCCAAAUAAUAACAGCAUGGAAAAUAAUACACCUCAGAAAAUGGACACAAAACUAAAAAAGAAGGAUAUUAAAAAGCAAGAAGAAUCUACAAAGAAACAAUUCAAGAAAAAGAAUUCAAUAGAAGCCGAAGAGAAUGAAUCUGAUUUAGAUGACGUUAAUGAAGGAAUUGUAUUACAAAAUAGCAUAACGGAAAAUAGUGACGAGACUCAAUCAUCUGAUGACAGUGAAAGCGAAGAAGAAACCUUGCCAAAUAUUCUUGGAACCAGUCUAGCUGAUGAAUCUGAUGAUGAUGAUGAAGAUUAUGAAGAUGACAAAAAAGUACAAACAAAGGACAAGUACAAAAAAAAUACAAAGAAAGGAUUAAAAAUGUUUGAUGGAGUAAAAUCAAAUAAGAGCACUGAUUACAUUGAUGAUGUAGAAGAUUUUACAACUGAUGACAGUGAUGAUAAAGAUAACACAGAUAGUGAUGAUGAUAGUGAUGAUGAUAGUUAUGAAGAUAGUAGUUAUGGAGAUAGUAGUUAUGAUGAAGAGGAUGAGGAGCUGGGAGAAGGAGAAGAGGAUGAAGAAUCAAAGAGUGAAGAAGAAGAUGAAGAAUCAGAGAGUGAGGACGAGGCUAAUGAAUCUUUGGGUCUAAAAGUACUUUUGGGUAAUAGUAUUGCUGAUGAUGAUGAUGAUGAUGAUGAUUUUGUUGAGCCAACUGAUAAUGAUGAAGAUGACGAUAUAAGUGAUGAAGAAGAUGAAGAAUCAGAGGAAGAAAAAGUUGAAAAAAAUAAUUCAAUAAAUAACUCUGAUGUAGAACAUUCUUUAGAAGAUUUAAAAAAAGAUAAACGAACAAUUUUUGUUAAUAACCUCCCAAAGAAUGUUACAAAAAAAAAGGUAGAGAAGUUAUUUAAGAAGUUUGGGAAAAUUGAUACUAUACGCUUAAGGGGUAAAAUACCAAAAUCUUUAAAUAUAUCGAAACGAACUGCAGCUAUCACAAAUGAUUUACAUUCUAAAUUAAAAACAAUUUAUGCAUUUGUUAAAUUUGAAUCUGAAGAGUCUGUUAAAAAAGCUUCAUCUUUAAAUGGAAAAAUAUUUGAAGGAAAUUAUUUAGAAGUGCGUGCAAGUCACAAAUCAGAUAAUGAAUAUGAUCCAAAAAAAGCUGUAUUCAUAGGAAACUUACAUUUUAAUAUUGACAUUAAUACAAUUAGGAAUCAUUUUAAACAAUGUGGUGAAAUAGAAUCUGUGAGAAUAGUUCAAGACAAAGACAGUAGAGUAGGCAAAGGAUUUGGAUACGUUAAUUUUAAAAGCGAGGAUGCUGUUGCAUUAGCUUUAGAACUUAAUGGCACCACAAUUUUAAAUAGAGAAGUUAGAGUAAAACCAUAUAUUGAUCAACAUAAAAACAAAGAAAGAAAACAUGGAAAGAGAUCACAUUCUGCAGAAGAUAAUCGCAGUUCUUUACAUAAAAAAUCAAAGAAUGCAGAAGUGCCAGUAGAAGUCCAUAGUAAAGAAAAUGCUAAAAAAGAAAUAAUGAAACAAAAACUUGAAAGAAGAGAAAUUAAUCCACAAGAAGGAAAUAAGUUUCAAGGCCAAAAAGCUGAUGGAAAUCAAAAGAAAAGAAAAAACAAAUUGGACAAAAAGAAGAAAUUUCUGGCAGAAAAACUUAUGGCUAAACCUAAGAAACCAUUAAAUUAAACAGUGCUGCUAACAUGUUCAAAAUGAUUGAAUUUUAAUUGUGGAGUAAGAAAAAAUAUAAAAUCAAAGCAGUUAAGUGUUA